CAAUAAGGGGAGCAGGACGUGGCCCAAUAGACAGAACCAACUGCUGUGCUUUUGUCUUUAGUCCAGAGCAGAGACAGCUGCACGGGUGGUCAAAGAGACAGGAGGAGUCAUGGUGCACCCCAACCAGGAGCCAGCCGUGAUCGCAGGGCAGGGCACUAUUGCUUUGGAGGUGCUGGAGCAGGCGCCGGAGGUGAAUGCGCUGGUGGUUCCUGUUGGGGGUGGAGGAAUGAUUGCAGGAAUAGCAGUGGCCGUCAAGGCAUUAAGACCAGAUGUGAAAGUGUUUGCUGCUGAACCCCGCAAUGCAGAUGACUGCUACCAGUCCAAGCUGAGAGGGGAACUGACCCCCAACCAACACACCCCAGUCACCAUCGCUGAUGCAGUUAAAACCAGCAUUGGAGAAAACACAUGGCCCAUCAUUAGGGAUUUGGUCGAUGAUGUUCUGACCGUCUCAGAGGAAGAAAUCAAGCAAGCCACGCGGCUGGUGUGGGAAAGGAUGAAGCUGCUGAUCGAGCCAACAGCGGGUGUGGGAGUCGCAGCUGUGCUCUCAAAGCAGUUCCAGUCAAUCCCCCGGGAAGUGGAGAAUGUUUGCAUCGUGCUGUGUGGAGGAAACGUGGACCUGAGCUCCCUGACCUGGCUCACAGACCUCCCUGGGGAUGGAGACUGAGAAUAGAGCAGCAAAUCCAGUGGCAGGAACCUGGCUUUGAAUUUGUACAUUUGGGUUUGUAUGAUAGUAAAAAACCAGAUGAACAACCACA